AUGGCUGGGACUUCAAAUAUCCUGGAGGUCGUACAAGACGUUUUCAAUGUUUUCUUGGCCGCAAAUUUUGCUGGCUAUACUCAGAGUAAGUUUGUAGUUGUAUUUUUUUGGUUUUUAGAUAGUUUUAGAUCCUUGUCUUGGCAUUAAUUUUCAAGUAUAAUUUUAUUUCUUUCUUUGUUGUUUUAUGAUCGUGCUUUUUAGGUGAUCAAGAGUACGAAAAUGGUAACAGGACUCUGAACUUGAGUAGAGAGGAGAUUCUAAAGGCAUUGGAGAUUGAUUUUGUUCGCCCGCAUCCAUGUAUCAAGUAAGUGUUUGAUAUUUUUGUUGUGUUCUAGGGAAACCUGCCAAAGUGUUGCCUAAAAUGAUUCCAUUUUCUCUUCAGAAGACCCGAUCUGCUGUUAUAUCUCAAGAACACACUGUACGGUAAAGCAGGACUGUCAGAAUCACCUGAAGAUGCUGUUUUUACUUUAAAAUUUCUGCACAUUUUGCAAUUAUGCAUGGAAACUGUUUGUCCGAGCGUUCAAAAACAAAUUUCCGAAUUGGUAAGGGAGAAUAAGAUGUCUUUUUACAAUUAAUAACUUUCGUUUUCUUCGUUUUGCCAUUGUAGAACCUUAAAAUCGCCUCUUCAUAUUGCACUUCACAUCUGGUUGAACUGAACGUUUCCAAACCCGAUUUUCUCGAUCUGUUUCGCCCGGUAAAGUCAGUUGGUAUUGAGGAUGUUGAAGAAAAAGACCCAGAGAAUCCGGAAUCAGAAAGUUCAGCACCAAAUUUGUCCAGAAAAUCGUUCUUUGAAUGGAUUUUGCUGAAUUAUCAGAUCUCCUCGAACGCCGUUUUGUUCAGUGUUGCAGCUAAAUUUUUGGAACUGGCUUCGAAGUUUGUUGGUUUUGAAUUUGGUUUUGAUGGUCAAUUGGGCAAAAGGACGAGGUAUCAGCAAAACAGUUUGCCUCAGUUGGUACUAAAAGUAGGGUUUUAUAUUACCAUCUGAUCUGAAGUAAUAUCAAAAUUUUAAUAUUUUUUUUUCUUUCAGACAUCCAAAGUGGACCACUCAAAGGCCGUGUUUACGAGUUUUGAAUCUGUUCAACAUCCUAAAAAUAUUGAAAACAAGGAUGAUACACUCCUCCAAAAGGUCAAGUUUGAUGACCAAACUCAAGUCGAAGCGCUCUCUCCUGAUCAAAUUGGUGUUCUAUUGGCUGCUGCCUUGUUGGAACAAAAGACUGACCCAAUUGAAGAACUGAAAUUCGAACAAAUGGAUGCUCUUUGCACCAAGGUAUGAUUUUAUUGUAAUUUUAGGCCAAGUAUAAUAUAAAUUCUAUGUUUUUAUGCCCUAAGCUUUUGAUUUAUUGCAGAUUCUCUCUGAAUCCGUUGGAUUCAUGACUUCGGUUGCUGUUUUCCAGCUGCGAUCAAAAUAUGAACGCCGAAAUACGAGGAGAGUUGAGCGCGCAGUUCAGCAGAUGGAACACAUCGUAGAUGUCCUCGAAAACCGUGAGAACAGAAUCUUAGACCCGCGGGAAAUGAGAAAUAGAGUAGCUGACAUAUGGAUCGCGUCGCCGUUGAAACCAGUCUGGGCUGUGAAAAAGUUCUAUGCCAAGGUUUUGGAGUCCUUGGCUUUGACUAGUGUAAGUUGGUAUAAUUUUAUUUUUACACUUUAAAAUGUUAUGUAGUUCUCAGCAGGGUUUAUGAUGUAUUCUUUAACUUUCAGGAAGCUAUUACGAUUUACGAGUCGAUUUUUGCUUGGAAAAACGUGAUCGAAGGAUAUCAAGCCAUGAAUAUGAAGGAAAAGGCCCUAAAAAUCCUCGAGACCCUCAGGGCAGAGCAUCCAAAUGACCCGUAUUAUCUCUGUCUCAUAGGGGAUAUCCGAAGAGACGAGAAUUUACUCAAAAAAGUACUCGAAAUUACGGAGGACAAGUAUCCGAACGCCCAUAAAGCCCUGGGGAUGAUGGCUCUGGAGAAUAAGGACUUCAAAAGGAGUUUCACUCAUUAUAAACGAGUGUUCGAAUUGGUCCCGCUGAGUGUCCGGAGUGUCUACAAUUACGGAGUCUCGGCCUGGGAGAUUGGCGAGAUGAGAGAUGCCAUCAUCGCGUUUCAUCAUGUCACUUGUAUUGACCCGGAUCACUUCAAGGCCUGGAACAAUUUGGCUGCUGCAUAUUUGGCAACCAAUCAAAAGGGAAAGGCUGCGAAGAUCUUGAAGGUAGGCGGGGUUAAGAGGGUUUAGAAAGAAAUCUCGGGUUGUUUCGUUGAGUUGGAAGGGAGUUACGAACAUUUUCCAGCAAGGACUUCAAGUCGACAGGGAUAACUAUAAAAUGUGGUGCAAUUUGUAUGAGAUUGGUGCGGAAUUAUCGUCAAAAGGAGACUGUUUCUUCGCUGUUCAACAAAUGAUGACAUUCAAGAAGGCUUCCAGCGAGUUUAACCCGAAACCAUUGCUUAAAGUAGGAUUUUAUUAUAUUGCACUUGAUAUUUUGAUGGAAAUUUAUAUUUUUUGAUGUUGUUUAGAAACUUUUCUUGGUUUAGAGUAAGAGUAUGUCAUUUCAGGUAAUUUUGACACACACGAAAGCCGCUGAACACACGUAUUAUCCCUGUCCGCCAUUGGAAAAGCCUCUGGAUCAGUAUGAAGAAAAACAACUUUUAAAUGCGUUGGAUGCGGCUCAUGAAAAUUGCACCCUAGACCCAAUGACACUUCGAUUGAUGGCCAAUCUAAGGAAACCGACGGAAUCUGAAGAAAAUUUGGAAGUCAUUCAAAAAUAUAUUGAGUUACUGGACCUGGCUGAAAAGAGAGAAAUGCAAGCUGGAAAGGUAAGGUUGGUGGGAGCUGGGAUAGAAACAAAUAGGAAAAAUUGUUUCUGGGUUAUUUAUUUAGUAUUUUACAAAUUUUUAUUUCGAAUUUGACUUUCAAAUCUCAGGUAUAAUGUAGAGUUUUCAGAAAGACCCCGAUUACUUGAACACUAUCAACUCCCUCCUGGACUCGUAUCAAGCCCGUCUAAGAGCAGCGGAAAUAAUUGGGAAGUCGCCAGCGGCCGCGAAGAAACUCGUCUUUUUCCGGUUACGGCCGCUCAUUUCGGCCGUUGAGAGAUUAUUCAAAGAAAAACCAUCGGCCGAACAGGAGAAUCUUCAACUGGCUGAGAUCUUAAUUAGAGCCAAACUGUUGCUAGAGGAGUUAAAAUGA